AUGACAACGCGUCUGAAACUGAGCAAGAGGAGCAUAGAGCCGCUGGUGGAUGCAACAGCAUAUAGAAGCAUCAUGGGGAGUCUCAGGUACCUGGUCAAUACUCGUCCAGACCUGGCAUUUGCUGUUGGUUAUGUGAGUCAUUUUCUAGAAGAGCCACGAAAGGAUUAAUUAGCCGCUGUGAAGCAAAUUCUCCGCUAUGUGGUGGGAACCAAGAGCUGGGGUCUCAGGUAUGAAAGAAAGGAGGAGCAGGUCCAAUUGACGGGGUUCAGCGAUAGUGACUUCGCUGGUGAUGUUGAUGCUCAGAAGAGCAAGAGCACGACUGGAGUCAUUUUCUUCUUGGCCAACAGCCUAAUUACUUGGCAGUCGAUGAAACAGAAGGUGAUGGCUUAAUCUAGCUGCGAGGCAUAGUACAUUGCGGCCGCCAAUACUGCCUAUUAGGGUGUGUGGCUCGCUCGGGUGCUAGCAGAGGUGCAUGGCUCAGCACCAAGUGAAGUAUCAUCUUGUCCGGGAAUCCGCAGAAAAGGAUUAAAUCAACGUGGAGUUCAUUAGGAAUGAAGAACAGUUAUGAGACGUUCUGACGAAGCCACUCAAAAAAGUAAAGUUCCAUGAGUUUCGUGCCAAGAUUGGCCUCGUUGAUGUUUGUGGUGAGCACAGCAAGGCUCAGGAUGAGAUUGUCAACGAGAGCCUUGCACAUGGAUAUGCUUCAUGUAAUAUGCAACGGGGCUCUGAGCUUGACCUUCAUGAGCAGCUCCCAGUCGGAAUAGUUGGUCUUGGUGAGCAUUGGGAACCCAGUCCCGGCGCUCACCUCACGAAUCACCCUCUGGACCACGCCGUCCUUUCCUCCUGCAAUAGCGCGUCUCGAUUGCGCGUUCUCAAUUCCAACGGCUGUACCUUGUCGCGAUCGAGUCCCGGCCCGCAACCUGGGAGCUCUGAUACCACUUGUCAGAAACUCGCCGGAGAGACGACGGCCGUUAAGAUGUCGCCGGCGAGAUCACCACCGAGUCACAGGAAAAACACAGCAGGAGAAACAGAUUUUCGAUUUCCUCAUCGAUCUUCCCUCCCUCCCUAUCGUGCAGGUGAUUUCACCUUGAUGUCCAGAGGGCCUGCGAAGCGAGAACUGGUCGAAGACAAGGUUUAUCCUAUCCUCGGAAUCAUUUUGCCGACAUCUUCCUCUCUUUGUUCGCAUUUUUGGAUCUUUUUUUUUGGAGGAAAUCCAGGUUUCCCGGUCUGUUCUGACUGACGAUCAUUUCUGGUUCUUCACCUCGUCUGGUUCUCGCUAGGUCGUCUGGAUCACCGGUGCCAGUCGUGGGAUAGGUAUUUCGAUCAUAAUUCGUAUUUCUCAAAUCCACAUCACCUCUUUCUGUCACUUGUAUCACUAGAUUCUGCGGCAUAUCAAGACACCGCGACAGUGGAAUCACCGUCUUCUUCCUUCUUGCCAUGGCUCGAUUAAUUGCCCCAUAUCGGUGGAAUCGCAGGGGAGGUUCUCGCGAAGCAGUUCGCCGCUUUGGGAGCCAAACUGAUACUCUCUGCGCGCAACGUCGCCGAGUUGGGGAGAGUCAGAUCCGAGCUCGUUGGUAAACAUUCUUCCCGCCGAUCGCCGAGACGAAAGCCGUUCCGGAUUUCUCUCCAUCGUGAAGCAUUUCCCUCUGUCCUCCCCUCGUCCCGUCCCCACGGUUCACGGUAGGGAAACACGCGCCGGCAGGAGUGGAAAUCCUGCCUCUGGAUUUGGUCUCUGGCGAGAGAUACCUCAAGGCCGCGGUUGACAAGGCAGAGGCAUUCUUCUCUGGCGCUGGUGUCGACUACAUGAUCCACAAUGCAGCAUACGAGCACCCCGUAUGAUUCCCUUCCUGUAUCUCUUCUUCCCUCCCACAGAUAUAUCUUCCUUCUCCAGUCUCUCGCACAUCAACCUCGCCGUCUCUUCCACUGAUUACGUUAUAUUGAAUUGCAUUCGUGAACAGAAAUCUUCCCGUCUCGUCGUCACUGAAGCGGAGCUCCAGGUAAUCAAAACCUUUCCCGCUAGAGAAGAGGAGGUCGUCAUUUCUCGUCCCAGUUCCCUCUCUCACUUUCUGCUGGGAGACAGGCCACUCUCAACACCGACGUCCUGGGGACGGCCAUCCUCACCAAGCUUCUCGUACCACACAUGCUGAGGAGAGGCAAGGGCCAUUUUGUCGUGGUAGGUGAAGAAUCUCCACGUUUCGUCCUUUCAGUUCACCUCCUCAUCCUCCAAGAAUGA